CGCACGCUGGAUAUUUGACUCCUCACACUCUGCCCGGCGUCCAACGUCAGUAUCGCACAUUAUUCUAUAGGAAGAGGGUGUGUGUCACUCAUUCUGGGCUCUUCAGAGGGACACCUUAUUCCAUAUUGGAAAGAAGAGAUGACAACCCCUUUAACCCUUUUAGCGUUAUAGGAUUAUUUUAGGUUUUCUUUUCGCAUGCCGUUUCAUAUAAGGCAAAUCUGCGAUCAGGAAAGGAUUUAUAACUUAAGGAUUUAAUUGUCAAUUGUCGGAUUAUUCUGUCAGGGGUAAGUCAAAGGGACAUGAUGACUGCUUCCUCACUCUGCGCGCUGUGCGUGUGGAUGAGUUUAGUCUGUCCUUCGCUGGGAACCGGGUUUGUUUAUCACUUCCCAGGCAUCACUGUGCAGCGGCAGCGCAUCAAAUCGGAGCAGAGCAGCAACACUGGACCACCGGGCACCGGAUCACACUCCCAACUCAGGAACUGGUGUCAGUACACCGUUUCUAAAACAGUAACCGCCAGGGUGCACAAUGGCUCAGAAACCUCUGUGCAGAGAGUGUUUCAGGGCUGCAGAUGGCCAGGACCCUGUACCAAAAUCAUCAGCUACAGGACUGUCAUCAGGCCGUCUUUCAAGACCGCCUACAAGCAAGUGACAGCUCUGGAAUGGAGAUGCUGUCCAGGGUUUGUGGGAGAGGAGUGUCCGCGAAGGUGAUGUAUGAAACUGCACCGCUUCAACGACAUGAACAGCAGAAUAAAUACAAUUGAGGCAAAGAUACAGCUGUUAGAGGAAGGACGCUCAUUUCUGCCAUCGGUCGGGGUUCAGCCGAGAGGAUCAACAGACAAUGAGGUGGACACGCCGAAGCCAACUCCCAUUGGUCCGCCACCAGGUGACCGCAUGCUAUAAGCGCAUGUCAGCAGAGGGCCUCCAGGACCCAUUGGACCUCCAGGACCACCAGGACAUGCAGGGCUUCCAGGGCCAGCUGGAGUGGCAGGCCCUCCAGGACCCAUUGGACCAAAGGGGGACAGAGGUAAACCAGGAGAGCUGGGUCUCGCCGGCCCUCCAGGUCCACCGGGGCCCCCCGGACCUCCAGGGCCAAGUUCUUCUUCAGUCCGAAUCCGGGGUGAUGUUUUUCACGUGGACCAUCAAGAAGAGAACCCUAGUCCAGUUCUCCCUGUGCCUCAGGUGAUCGCCGGCCCGCCUGGUCCUCCCGGUCCUGUUGGGCCUUCAGGCCUGUCAGGAGCACGAGGACCUGCAGGGAUGCCAGGUCUCCCGGGACAAGAUGGCAAGCAGGGCCUCCAAGGCAAGCCUGGUGAUCCGGGGCCAAAGGGAGAUCCAGGAGAAAGGGGACCUCCAGGUGUAUCAGGCGAGCAGGGCCUACCUGGAGCGCCAGGGCCAAAGGGAGAACCUGGAGAAGGCUUGAAUGAGGGUGAAGCUGUGCAGCAGCUCAGGGAGGCGCUGAAGAUCCUGGCCGAGAGGGUCCUGAUCCUGGAACACAUGAUCGGUAUUCACGAAAACGCAGAGGGAUCUGGAUUUGGCAGCUUCUCAGAUCCACUGUCUUUUCCUGUCCUGAAGGCGAAGCGGCUUCAACCCGGACAAACCUCCCCAAAGUCUCCGGUGCUGGGCGACAGUCAGAGACGAGUUCGCCUCUAAGAGUACAGUUUAAUUUUGUAUUUUGUGUUUAUAAUUUUUUCGAUUUUGUAGAACAGGAAGCAAGUGUUGUGUUCAUAAUUUUUCCUCAAAAUUUGAUUUUUUUUUCCUUUCAUUUUCUUGUUAAAAAAAAAAGGUCUCUUCAGACAGGAAAAGCUGAAGAUUUUAUUCACAUGAAGGAGAUUUUUGAACCUUGUCCUCUGUGUUGCUGCAUGACCUGAGUCUGGAUAACUCAAGCAGCAACGGUUGCAUGGUAUUACAUAGAAAAAUAUUGCUUUAGCGUUAUGGAAGACUUGACAUCUUUUUUUCAUUAGAUGAAAGACUGCAGAGUAAACACAUUAAUUUGCUUGGCUGACAUUGCAAAUCUCACAGUUCCUGGGAGUCGCGCUGAAAACGUAGCAUUUAGUGUCAAACACAUUCCUGGAAUGACCUCCGGGUUCAUCUUCUGCGCCUGUCAAAUGUAUUUCUUGCUCUCUCUUCUCCCUGUCUCUCUGUCGGCUCUGCCUUGUUAAUGCUGAGGUAAGACAUGACAGGCUGCCAGGAAUAUCUGCUUAAAAUAAAGUUAGGUGAAAUGGAUAGCAUCUGGAGAGGGCACAUCUGGAAAGCGAGCGGGGAGAUGCUGAAACAGUUGAAUUUUGGCCCGGAAAGCACAAACCUUGCUUGGCCCCAGAGCACCUUCGCACAAAGGGCUGACAGAGCAGUGAAGCUGACGGGAUUACAUCUUUACAAACUGCCUCAUGAUUAACUGCCCCAAACUGGUAUGAUUAAUUGCCUAAUAAGUCUCGGAGAGACCCAGCUGUUGGUGUCUAAAUAAAGCUCCAGUCAUGUCUGGUACAAUGUUUGUUUUCUCCAUUACAAGGUUCAUAUGGGAAAGACGCUUUGGAAGAUAAUGUCUUGCUCUUUGUUACAUCGAGUCAGAGGAACGAUUGAUGUUGUUGCGACAUGCACGAUUCUUCACACCCUGCAAGGAAUUUACCGACUCUUUACAGUAAAACCACUUCAUCUCCUCACUACGCAUUGGUCUUUGUACAGAUGAAAUGUGAUUUAACAUGUGAAUGAGAUGCUGUAUAGAUUGGUUCUUCUCAAAGUGUGGGUUGAGCCUCGCCGUCCCAGAGAGCUUUAGAGGGUGAAAACGAUGCCUUUUCCAUCCAUACAUUCAAGUAUGAAUGGGUGAAUGUCCAGUCACAGCAAAACAGCAGGAAAUGGCAGGGUGUACCCUGGACAAGUUGCCAGUGAAAGCCAUCAAAAAACACACAUAAGAGUUAAAAACUUUUUAACUCUUCAGACAAAAUCACUAAAGUAAUGUAAUAGAAAUAAAUGUAUUAUAAACAAGCUCAAAUGAUAAAAUCAACAACACAAGUGCAACAGUUGCAACACUUGCAGAAUAUAGCGAUUUCACUAAUAUUUACAAUUGAAAAAUACGUUUUUUUUGUAGCAUAAGAAGAGUUAUGUAUUUUCUUGCCUGUGGAUCCCAGCAGCCAGUGUCAAUAAUGUCCUGUAGUUUGAAAAAUACAAGAACGUUUAACAUUCAACAAAAUGCAUUACUUUGUGUGAGACAUUGUGCAGUGUGAGUGCUGACAGAAUGUAAUAUGGUUGAAGCUGAGUGAGGAGGGUCUCAUCCUCCCACACUCUGAAGAGCCCUGUAGAUCAUCUCAACACACUACGCAACAGAGUGCAAAAGUUUGCUGAAGCAGGCUGGAUUUCAUUGAGCGUGGCCAAAACUCAUUUUUCAUUUCAAUUCAAAGCUAUUUUUAUUGACUCUCUGUGGUCAAAAUCUACUUAUCUUUUUUGUAGUUUAAUCUUUUGCUGUAUAUAAUGCGCAUCUUUCGAUAUCAGUUGUGCACAAAAUGCACUGUCAGAGACCCAAUAUUGAUGUUGCAGGGGCAUGCAAUUACGUACAAACCAUCAUUGAAAUCCUCUUCUAUGCAAACUACACAUAAAAACUGGCAUGAAGCAAGUUUUGAAAGUGUAAUGAGGAAAAAAUACAUAUAUUUAUGUUAAAUCUAGAGAUAAAAAAAGAUUAGUUUCCCAAGUGAAGCCAGUAUAUCUGAAAACACUGCUUUGAUGCGGCGGCAACGAUGUGUUUGUCCUUUGAAAUCUUGUGAUCUUUGUCUUUGUCACUCAUACAAAUGAGGCCUGUUUUUUGUUCAGUCUCUCAUAUGUUAUAUUUGCCCACACACUAAUGUUGUCCUGUUCUGUUGUGUUUUCAUUAUCUGUUCAUACUGAAGUUUUAGGUGUGUGUUUUUUUUUUUUUUUGUAUUAUUUACAAAAAGGUGUACUCAGCACAUAUUUAUCUUGCGUUGAUUACCGAGGAACGAUUAAAGUUACAACAACAAAGGGAUUCGUGUCGUGGUGUUUCCACUUUAUUACACUUAACAACAUUUGCGGACACUGUCUACACAACGCAACUUCACAGCUUGGCAACAGUGUUUACAGGCAGAGCCAUCCUGGCGGUUCCUCCUCCUCAUCAUCCUCUUCCUCUUAACAUGCUGUUGUUGUUCUUCCUGGUCUUUAUCCUCUCUGCAGGUGAUCACAUCACACAAGUUCCUGUCAUCAGUGUUACCAACAACAUCCGAAAGUUUAUUCAGCACCUGAUUCGCCUA